GCCAGUAGCCCAGUACCCAGUAGUACCCAGUAGCCAUCUCCAUCCAGGCUCAAACCCUAGGGAAUCUACCCAGAAAUCACACCCCAAGCAGGGUCCUAUCGUAUCAAGAAGCCGUCGCGGGGGCCGGAUCGCCGCGGCUCGGAGAGGAGCGGAGCGAAAAUCAUCUGCGGACAGGUAAGGAUUCGGAGGCGGGAUCAGGAGCUGAGGGAACCUGUUCGAGGUGGCCUAGACUCGUAGGGAUCGCGUUGACAUUGGGAGAAAUCACGGAGAGGCGGAAACCGAGCAAUAGCCAAUAGGGGAAGGGAAGAGCAACAGUGCCCGGGGCACCAAGAAUUCGUUGCAUAGAUCCAGGAGAAGAACAAUAGAAAUCUGGGCAGAACGAGAGCAGAACUGACUACAAGAUGCCUCAAUUGAGAACUGCCAGCAGGCCGGCGCUCGCCAGCAACUCUGCUGGUGGUUUUUUUAUCAGGAGAAGGGUGGCAUCACCAGGAACUUCCCAGGCAAAGGGCGCCGCCAAGCCGCUGGCUCGACGGGUCCGAACACCUGCAGCGAGGGCUAAACCAAAGAGGAGAAGCCCCCUACCUGACUGGUACCCAAGGGUCCCACUCCGUGACAUCACAUCAAUCGUAAAGGCUCUUGAGAAAAGAAAUCGCCUAGAGGAGGAUGCGGCUCGGCAACACAUCCAAUCGAAUGAAGAUUCUUCACAGCCUGUGGAUCCAACAACUGCAGAACAUAGUAAUCCUGAUUCUCAAAGCACGCAAACUCAAGAAACACCGGGUGCUGUUGCUUCUGGUCCAAGCUCAACUUCAGCUGUUGCAAACCGUGUGACUUCUGUGGCUGAGGGCAAGCAAGAGGCAACGGACUGCUCCUUGCAGGUGGCUCCAUCCAAGCCAAAUGAUCCAUCUCCCGCUGAUCUGGUGAAGAAACUGUCAGGUUCGAUAGAGCAGAUUGAAAAGAUGGUGAGGCGCCAUAUGAAGGAAACUCAUCCAAAGGCUGCUCAGCCUUCCAAGGUAGUUGUCCAAAGGCGCAUACUGAUGUCCAUGCGAUGAGCUCAGCAACGAUUUCUCUUGUCUGCUGCGUUCUUGGCCGCUAGUCAAGGUAUGUCUAGGGAUGGGGAUUCCUGGUUCUCUGCUUGAGGACACUGUGGUAGGAGUAAAAGAGGGAUUUCUAGCUUCUCUGCUUGAGAGCAUGGCUAUCUGUUGGUACAACUUGCCAUGGUAUGCUUACUGCAUACGACUUCAGUUGGCUUCACCAGAAACGAACCACUGUUGUUCACGUCUUUCUGUUUGUGAAGUAUAAGACUUCACUGCGUAGUAGUAAGGCGUACUAGAUAUUUGUGGCGUUUAGUUCACCGAAAAGAUAGAGCAGUUACGAGUUGUAGUAACAGCUUGAAUUCUUGACACUUCAAUUGAUACAGUUAGCCUUGCUUAUUGUUCCAGAUUU